GAGUUGUGUUGGGUCCCUAGAGUUGCACGCCUCCUUCCUGAAGAAGAACAAGAACUAACUAUACAUCUAACAUACUUUCUUCUCUCCCUCACUCACUCAACACCCAACAAAAACAAUAACCAAAAUGGGAGAGGAGAAGAAAUCUCAGCCAUCAGUCGGUGUUUGGCCCACCAUUAAACCUUUUGUCAAUGGUGGUACUUCUGGCAUGCUCGCCACCUGUGUCAUCCAACCCAUCGAUAUGAUCAAGGUGAGGAUCCAAUUGGGUCAGGGUUCAGCUGUUCAGGUGACGAGGAAUAUGCUUAAAGAGGAGGGUUUUGGUGCACUAUACAAGGGACUGUCUGCUGGACUACUCAGGCAAGCCACAUAUACAACUGCCCGACUUGGAUCAUUCAAAAUUUUGACCAGCAAAGCUAUUGAAGCCAAUGAUGGGAAGCCUCUACCUCUUUAUCAGAAGGCUUUAUGUGGACUUACUGCUGGUGCUAUUGGAGCAACAAUUGGCAGUCCAGCAGAUUUAGCGCUUAUCCGUAUGCAGGCUGAUGCUACUCUUGCUGCUGCUCAACGUCGAAAUUACAAGAAUGCCUUCCAUGCGCUUUACCGUAUCACCUCUGAUGAAGGAAUUUUGGCACUUUGGAAAGGUGCAGGCCCAACUGUUGUGAGAGCAAUGGCCUUGAACAUGGGAAUGCUUGCUUCAUAUGAUCAAACUGUUGAGUUUUUCAGAGAUUCUGUUGGUUUGAGUGAAGCAUCUACCGUGGUUGGUGCAAGUGCUGUAUCAGGUUUCUUUGCUGCGGCUUGCAGUCUUCCGUUUGAUUAUGUCAAAACUCAAAUUCAGAAAAUGCAACCUGAUGCACAAGGAAAAUAUCCUUACACUGGCUCUUUAGAUUGUGCCAUGAAGACUCUUAAGGCUGGAGGACCAUUCAAAUUCUACACAGGCUUCCCUGUGUACUGUGUCAGAAUUGCUCCCCAUGUCAUGAUGACCUGGAUAUUCCUGAACCAGAUCCAAAAGUUUCAGAAAACCAUAGGGAUGUAGUUAUAAGAAGAAAUGGAUAUUUUUUCAGUUGACUUGAGCUAUUAAUAAUGAUUUAUCGGCCGCGUUGUAGUUUUUGGCUGGUUUGCUUGUUCACACCCAAUUGUUUCGACAUAAUUUACGGUGCAAUUUUAGGUAGGGUUUCCAAAUUAUUAUUUUAGGGCAGCAACACAUUUUGAACUUCACAAAUUCUUGUUUUUAAGUUGGGGACAAGUUUCUAUUCCUUCAUAAGAGAAUAUUAAAGGAAAUAAGUUUUCUACUUGUCAAAUAAGUAUUUUGCAUCA